AUGGAUAAAUUUCAUCAGUGUAUGCAGUCAUAUAUAACAAAUAAAGAGUUCCACAAACUCUCGUCCGCAGAAGGCGCGGAUAAGUUCAUAAGCCUUCUCGAAGAGUGCGGAUUUAAGUUUAUCGCCUUCGACUUCGACGCAACCAUGAUCGAGCUUCACUCGGGCGGAUACAUCGACCCAGAAAUUGAUAGGAAGGUGCUCGAGUCAGUGACGGACGAUUUCAAGUCCGUGGCAGCGCGACUCAAAAGCUCCCAGGUUCAAGUGGCAGUGGUGACCUAUUCGGACGCAGUGCACGUGGAGGGGCAUCCGAGGUACAUAUCGGGAGAUCGGAUGGUGAGGAUGGCGCUGGAAUACGCCAACUGCGACCUCGAUAUCAAGAAGGUGUACGCAUACUAUCCCAGGUUCUGGGAUUCGCCCAAAAUGUAUAAAAAACUGGGUUUGGACGGCCCAAUGCCCUCAUUCAAGGAGUUCCACCUGAGAAGCAUCUGCAAGGACUUCAAAGUCAACUUGGACGAGAUCAUCCUGAUUGACGAUGACAUAAACAACUGUGUGAACGCCAAGAAGAUUGGCGUGACGACCUUACAUGUGACGGGGGACGGUUUCAAGCUAACGGAACUGAGCAUCCUAUAA